CCGGAAAGGAGAACAUGCCCCCUAAGUCUCUUUGCAACCUCUCCGAGACCGCAGAGGUGAAUCCGGGCGACUUGGUCCCCGGAGUGUCGGAGAGAGACUUCCUGCCACCCUCCGACGGGACCAGCGCCAAGUUCGCGAUCCGCUGCGUGAUCCCGACCCUCUACCUGCUCAUCAUCACGGUGGGCUUGCUGGGCAACAUCAUGCUGGUGAAGAUCUUUAUCACCAACAGCGCCAUGAGGAGCGUCCCCAACAUCUUCAUCUCUAACCUGGCCGCCGGGGACUUGCUGCUGCUGCUGACCUGCGUCCCAGUGGAUGCCUCGCGUUACUUCUUUGACGAGUGGAUGUUCGGGAAAGUGGGCUGCAAACUGAUCCCGGUGAUCCAGCUCACCUCCGUGGGGGUUUCCGUGUUCACUCUCACUGCCCUCAGCGCCGACAGGUACAGAGCCAUUGUCAACCCCAUGGACAUCCAGACAUCCGGGGCGGUGCUGUGGACCUGCGUGAAGGCGGUGGGGAUCUGGGUGAUCUCCCUGCUGCUGGCGGUUCCAGAAGCCGUGUUUUCAGAAGUGACGCGCAUUGAUAGCUUGGAAAAUGGCAACUUCACCGCGUGUAUACCUUACCCUCAGACGGAUGAAUUACACCCAAAGAUUCAUUCAGUGCUCAUCUUCUUGGUCUAUUUUCUCAUUCCACUGGCUAUUAUUAGCGUUUAUUAUUAUCAUAUUGCAAAGACCUUAAUUAAAAGUGCACAUAAUCUUCCUGGAGAAUACAAUGAACAUACUAAAAAACAGAUGGAGACACGGAAGCGCCUGGCUAAAAUUGUGCUAGUGUUCGUGGGCUGCUUUGUCUUCUGUUGGUUUCCAAAUCACAUUCUCUACAUGUAUAGGUCUUUCAAUUAUAAUGAGAUUGACCCAUCUCUAGGCCACAUGAUUGUCACCUUAGUUGCCCGUGUUCUGAGCUUUUGCAAUUCUUGUGUCAAUCCAUUUGCUCUUUAUCUACUCAGUGAAAGCUUCAGGAGGCAUUUCAACAGCCAGCUCUGCUGUGGGAGGAAGUCCUAUCAAGAGGGAUCAACCAGCUACCUUCCCAGCUCUUCUGCAGUGCGUAUGACAUCUCUGAAAAGCAAUGCUAAAAACAUGAUGACCAAUUCAGUUUUACUAAAUGGACACAGCUUGAAGCAGGAAAUGGCAUUGUGAUUUGAGCUA